AUGACCAGGACGGACGGGAGUGGUGGCGGUUAUCUAAUUAUAUAUCUAUCCGAGCGGGCUGUUGUUAUUGUUGUUGUUGUGUGUUCCUUCUGCGAGGCGUGUAGUGGUGUCCGAGUCCCUUUCCUUUCCCUCCCUUACCUUGCCUUUCCUUUUUUAUCCCUUACCAUCGUUCUUACCUGCUUACUUUUUUUGGCGAUGUUGUCCGAUAUAUGUCUAAUAGUGCUUUCGGUUUCGAUUUUCGUGGGGUUUGUGCUCGUUUGUUCUCUUUUUCAUUAUCUGUUUUGUGAGCCCGUGUGUUUUGCUCUCGGUGGCGGUGGUGGAGGGGGGAAGGGCAUGUUACUUAGACGGAGAGGUGGAGAGGCGGAGAGGCGGAGAGGCGGAGGCGGAGGCGGAGAGGCGGAGGCGGAAAGUGGAGAAGGUGUAUAG